ACCGCCUCCUCGGGCCCGCCCGGCCCGGCCCGGCCGCCGCCUCCCGCCCCUCGCUCCGCCCCGGCCGCGGCCCGACCCAGCGGGAGGAAGAUGGCGGCGCUCAUCCCCCUCAGCCAGCAGUUUUCUACGGGGAAUCCAAUAUAUGAAACAUAUUACAAACAGGUAGAUCCAACAUACACAGGGAGAGUUGGGGCAAGUGAAGCUGCUCUGUUUCUUAAAAAAUCUGGUCUCUCUGAUAUCAUCCUUGGAAAAAUAUGGGAUUUGGCUGACCCAGAGGGUAAAGGAUACUUAGAUAAACAGGGUUUCUACGUCGCGUUGCGCCUCGUGGCGUGUGCACAGAACGGCCACGAUGUGAACCUGAGCAGCCUCAAUUUGACUGUGCCACCUCCUAAAUUUCAUGACAGUAGCAGUCCUUUAAUGAUCACACCACCCUCAACAGAGACUCACUGGGCUGUUAGGGUGGAAGAAAAAGCAAAGUUUGAUGGUAUUUUUGAAAGCCUUUUGCCAGUAAAUGGUUUACUUUCAGGAGACAAAGUAAAACCAGUACUGAUGAAUUCAAAGCUACCUCUUGAUAUCCUUGGAAGGGUCUGGGAUCUCAGUGAUAUUGAUAAAGAUGGUCACCUGGACAAGGAUGAAUUUGCUGUGGCAAUGCAUUUGGUUUAUAGAGCUCUUGAGAAAGAGUCAGUUCCUUCCCAAUUGCCCCCUUCUCUCAUACCACCUUCUAAAAGAAAGAAGAGCUCAGUCUUCCCUGGAGCAGUCCCUGUUCUCCCUGCGAGCCCUCCCCCAAAGGACAGCCUGCGUUCCACCCCAUCCCAUGGCAGUGGCACCAGCCUGAACAGCAUCGGCAGCUUGUCCCCCAAGCACAGCAUCAAACCAGCACAGCCAGCUGUUAAUUGGGUGGUACCAGUGUCUGAAAAAGUGAGAUAUGAUGAGAUUUUCCUAAAAACAGACACAGACAUGGAUGGCUUUGUGAGUGGCCAAGAAGUAAAGGACAUUUUUAUGCAUUCAGGUCUAUCCCAGAGUCUCCUAGCACAUAUAUGGUCUUUGGCAGACACGAGACAGAUGGGAAAGCUCAGCAAAGACCAGUUUGCACUGGCCAUGUAUCUCAUUCAGCAGAAGGUCAGCAAAGGGAUUGAUCCUCCACAAGUGUUAACUCCAGAUAUGAUCCCUCCCUCAGACAGAAACACACCCAUCCAGACUCUGUCAGGUUACUUGACCCCUGUAGGAACUGAGAUCUCAGCACUAACAGAAAUGCGGCGUGAUAGUGCAAGUUCUGUUGGAUCAGGAGAAUUUACAGGGGUGAAGGAGCUGGAUGAUAUCAGCCAAGAAAUUGCACAGCUACAGAGAGAAAAAUAUUCUCUGGAGCAGGACAUUAGGGAAAAGGAAGAAUCAAUCAGACAGAAAACCAAUGAAGUUCAGGAGCUGCAAAAUGAUUUAGAUAGGGAAACAAGUAACUUGCAAGAGCUGGAGGCUCAAAAACAAGAUGCCCAAGACCGCCUGGAUGAGAUGGACCAGCAGAAAGCCAAACUGAAAGAUAUGCUGAAUGAUGUGAGGCAGAAAUGCCAGGAAGAAACCCAGGUGAUCUCAUCACUAAAAAUGCAGAUUCAGUCUCAGGAAUCAGAUUUAAAAUUACAGGAAGAUGACCUUAAUAGAGCAAAAGCAGAACUGAAUCGCCUGCAGCAAGAAGAGACUCAGCUGGAGCAGAGUAUCCAGGCUGGAAAAGUGCAGCUUGAAACAAUAAUCAAAUCUUUAAAAUCAACCCAGGAAGAAAUAAACCAGGCAAGAAGUAAACUCUCUCAGCUGCAAGAGAGCCAUCAGGAGAUGAAUAAGAGCAUUGAGGAAUACAAUGAAGCUCUCAAUGGGAUUCAUGGUGGGAGUCUGACAAAUUUAGCAGACAUGAGUGAAGGCCUUGGGCAGACAGAAAGAAGCAAUUAUGGAGCUGUGGAUGAUCCAUUUAAGAAUAAAGCCUUGAUGUUUACCAAUAACACACAAGAAUUGCAUACAGACCCAUUCCAGUCAGAAGAUCCUUUCAAAUCUGAUCCAUUUAAGGGAGCAGACCCCUUCAAAGGCAGUGACCCAUUCCAGCAUGACCCUUUUGCAGAGCAGCCACCUGCUCCAGCAGAUCCCUUUGGGGGAGAUCCAUUCAAGGAAAGUGACCCAUUUCGUAGUUCUGCCCCUGAGGAUUUCUUCAAGAAACAGGUGAAGAGUGACCCAUUUACCUCAGAUCCAUUCACAAAAACCCCCACUUUGCCCUCAAAGCCUGACCCUUUUGAAAGCACUGAUCCUUUUACGUCUUCCAGUAUCUCUUCAAAAGGUCCAGAUCCAUUUGGAACACUGGAUCCAUUUGGAAGUGGUGCUUUCAGUGGUGGUGAGGGAUUUGCAGACUUCAGUCAGAUGUCAAAGUCAGUACCUUCAGACCCCUUUGCCUCCUCUUUUGGAGGGGCAGGAUUCCCAGAUGACCCUUUCAAAAGCAAAUCAGACACACCAGCAUUACCACCCAAGAAAAAUAUCCCUCCACGACCCAAGCCACCCAGUGGUAAAAGUACUCCUGUCAGCCACCUUGGGUCUGCAGAUUUUCCCAAGCCCCAUGAUCCAUUCCAGCCAUUUGGGGCUGACAGCAGUGACCUGUUUCAAAGUAAAAAGGGGUUUGGGGACCCAUUUAGUGGAAAAGAUCCAUUUGCUCCCUCCUCUUCAAGUAAAACUUCUAAAGACUCUUCCUUGGGGUUUGCAGACUUCAGCUCUUUUGGAAAUGAGGAGCAGCAGCUGGCCUGGGCGAAGAGAGAGAGUGAAAAAGCAGAGCAGGAGAGACUGGCUCGGCUGAGGAGACAGGAGCAGGAAGACCUUGAGUUGGCCAUUGCACUCAGUAAGGCUGACAUGCCAAACUCUUAAAGAGGGUCCUGGCCUCCACCCUCUUCAAGAGAAACCUUGGAACAAAGCUUUUAUAAAAAAUACUAAACCCUUGGUUUAUAUUUGUGAGAAUGAUUUAAGUCACCUUCGGAUCUAAGCAGGGCUGGGCUGGUGGUGUCUGAGCCAGCUCUGUGUGGCUUCUCCAAGUGCAUAACCUGCAGGAAUCACUGUAUAAGCUGUAUUAUAUGUUCUAGAUCAAAUUUAUUGCUUGUAAGAAAUUUCAUGUGUAAUCCUAAGGUACUGAAAGUUUCUUUAUCUGAAACACAAAUGUUGCAUAGAGUAAACUGCAGCUUGUGGAUCUGUUUUUUUUUUUUUUUUUUUAAUUUUUAUUUUAUAUAACCUGAAUUCCACUGGGUCUUUGAGGCUGCAGUAUGGAUUUAAAAGAAAAUGUCAGAAAAAGAGAAUAUUUAUAGAAUUAGCUUUCACUUGUUACAUUUAUUUAAUAAUUCAUGGUAGGCUAAUCAGUACUUCUGCAUCAUCUAUGUCAAAGCAUAAAUUCAUUGGUAUUUUUAUCCAGAAGUUGUGGCUUUUGCAAAAGAAUCUGACAAUUGAUAUAUGAUGGAUACAGUGAACUCUAUAAAACAGUACAAAUUUGAGGACUCUAGAAAUUAGCAGUUCUAAUUUAAACUUUGUUUGCAUCGAGUUUUAAUAAUUAUAUACAACUAAAAGUGGGAAUUAAUUCCGUAAAUGGGAUAAAUAAUUUAGCAGUUAAAUGAUGAAGUAAAAAUUUGCUUUGGUGUAAGCAAACAGGAUUGCAAGGUGGCGACACACAUUUGGGUGCUGCUUUGAUGUGACAUCAAGAAAUGAAGGGGUGGAAAAGUUGCCAUGUUUGAGGAGCACUCACUGUACCCUCAUUUACUCCUCAUUGUACCCUCAUUUACUCCUCGUUGUACCCUCAUUUACUCCUCGUUGUACCCUCAUUUACUCCUCGUUGUACCCUCAUUUACUCCUGGGACAGUCUCUACCUCUGCUUCUUCAAUUCCACCUCUUUGGGCUUACAGAUCAAGCAGCUUUAGCUGAAAUGAAGCCAAGUUGAAUCAGAUUUUAGUUGCCAAAUGCACAUUCACGCAUCAGUUCUGGCAGCACUGCCUGGGCUGGCUCUAAAAUUCAGUUUGCAGGACUCAGACCAGGUAGGAGCAGGUUUUACAUGCACUGAAUGCUUCCACCUGGAAAACACAGCACAGAAUGUGUUUGACGUGUCAUAGAAAAAAUAAGUCUGUGAAUUUAAUUUGCUUCCUAGAAAUGCCUUUUCUGAUUACAGGAAUUCUAAAACUUCAGUUGUGUUUGCCUUGGAAUUUUCUGUCUGGUAGAGUAGGGGUCUAGCACAGCAUUUUUAAAUGUCCUCAGUCUCCUUUCCUGCCCUUUGUUCUCUGGGAAUACAAAAGCUUUACAUUCUUACUGAUGUGGCCCUUGUCUUACAACAUUUUCUCUUUUUUUUUUUUUUUUUUAUGUGAUAUUCCUUCAUCAUCUUCAAUGCAUUUCUAUUUUUUAUGUCCUUGCUUCCUUCCUUUUAUUUUCGUACUGCAAUGAUAGUGCCUGCUCAGUGAAUGAAAUCGGUCUUUCCCUGCUCAGGUGGGAUUUGCCUUAUCCUGGAUGCUUUCCUGACACAGAGGAGUCAGACUGGAUCUUUUUUAGCUUUCAGCUCUGAAAUGCAGCCAGGACAUUUGUGGCAUUUGCAGCCUCAGGCUCUGGUGGGGAGGUGGGUGUGCAGACACACACAUCUGUUCCUGUUUGGGAUGUUCCUGUCUGUGUCUCCUGUGCUCAUGGUACUACAAAUAAUGUAAAAAGAUUUAUUUCUAAUACCAAAACCAACCAUAUAAUGGUCUUUAAUAUUGUCCUUUAAUGAGCCCUUUGGGAUGCAAUAGAAGCUAUUUCUAAUUUUGAAGAUCCUGAUUUGAUAUCCCUUCCCAUUGCAAUAAUUUUUCUCUUAAUAUAUGUUUGAUCAAACAUACUAAAACACAAAAUAUUCUCCCUUCUGUUGGUGUAUAGAACUUGAAAUCUCUGAGACCUAACUUGUCUUUAGGUAACAUGAUAAAACUUUUGCUGUGAAAGAGCAAUUUUCAAAAGCCAGAUUGGCUGCAAGAUUCUCAGUGCAGUUCUGCAGACUGUACCCAUGUGUAAGAUCCUCCUGUUCACUUGGACCCGAGUCCUUGUGCUGUCUCUUCUGCUACAAUAAAAUUUAGAAAUUAAUACCAGUUCUGGAUGGGAUGAUGCCACUCCAGUGGGACAGGUGGAGGACUAAAGAGCUUGAUGCAUUUUUGAAGUUCUGUUCCAUAACAAGAAUUUCUGCUGCUUUGUCAGAGCCCUGGAACACUGACGUUAUAAAGCUUCUAGGCCAAUGAAAUGAUGUUUUCAAGAUGUCCAGCAGGGAGACAGAAAUGUGAAUUAAUCCAGCAUUCUGUAUAGUGUUAGGGCUCGUUUUUGUAUUUCCUUUUUGACUCUUCCUCAUGUUUGCUUGGACAGUAACUGCAGAUCAACCAAUGAACAGGGACAGAACCCAAUAAAUAUAUUGUCUAUGCACAGUAUUAGAUUUAGGAACCUUACAUUUACUGAAACACUCUUGACUCAAAAUGUUGUCACUGCAGUAGAAGAAAACCUAGCUGUGAUUUCUCACUUUGUAUUUAAUACAGUUUUCCAUAUAAAAAAAGGAAGAUUCCCCACAUUCUUUCCCUGUGCUGUAACUCAGUGUUUGUACAAUACCUGCACUUGCUCUUUGAAGCAAAACUUUAUUGCAAGACAUUGCUCUUCUUCCUCCAGACCAGUGAAAAUUAAAGCACAAACAGGCCUGUUGCUAUUUGGGCAGAGAAAAUACAUACAAUGUAAGAUAUGGAAAAUGUGAAUAACCCCCAGUGCAUAUACAGUGUACAGUGAGAUCCAUAUUAUUUGUGUCUAUGUGUAUAUAUACAUAUAUAUAUAUAUAUAUAUUGUAUAAUGUAAUCAUAGUGUGUGUAUAUACAUGUCCACAUGCUAUGUCCAGUAUAUAGUUCCUUGUGCUGUACAUAAAAUAUGUAUAUACAGUGAAUAUGUAGAAUAUGCAUAUAUAUUCUAUAUAUUAAAGCUUGUGUGGAUGUAUGAAUUCUGUAACCACAGAUGGAUGCAGAAUUGAAUCUUUACAGAAAUUCAGAUUAGCUCAUGGCUCUGAGAGUUUCAAAGUCCUGGUUAAAGAAAAGAGGAGAAAUUAUUUCUAAUCAAUUUGUAUCAAGAUUUCUUUCAUUGACAUGAAAAACUGUGUUCAUUAGCUGUGCCAGGUGUAAGAGAACCUUGGCAGAAAGUAGUAAUUAUCUGCACUGGAUGUAAUUUCACAUUCUUUGUAGUUUUUAAAGUAUCUGUUUGGAAUGUAGGUUCAGCUGCUGAUCUUGCAUGUCAUCUUUCUUCUCUGGGUGGAGGCAGGGAGUUUUCUUCUAUUCUUGCUCAUAGUUUCCCUCUUCCCUCUUUCCUUUCUUUUCCUUUUGAAAAAAUCCUUUGUGGGGAGCUGUUCCCAUACCCACACCCCAAACAGUCACAGGCAAAGGUGGAAAACAUGUUUUUCUUGCUUCAUUCCAGUUAGAUUGGUUGCACAUAAUUUGUUGUCAUCUGGAUUCCAGUUCUGUGUUUCCUCCAUUUCCACCUAAGUUUUUAUAUCAGGAGGAACAAAUAUCCCUUGCAUAGAGAGGAAAGAGUGGGGGUGAUUCUUCUUUUACUUAGAUGAAUUAUUGGAAUCUGUGGUACAUUCAGUGAUCAGAGUUUGGCAGGGUUUUAUGGUGGCACACAUGUUUUAUAUGGAAUAUAUGCUACUGGAUGGACUCAUGGAAAUCCCUGGAUUGCACAGCAGUUAAACAGGACAGACAGACAGACAGACAAUUAUUCACAUUGAACCUGCCCACGCUGACAGGGCACACAGGGCACAGAUAUUGAAUUAGCACAUUGCCCCUCACAGAACUCUGUGUUCACAUUUGCCUUCAGUGCUUUCCCUGAGUUACCUUCAAACCUCCCAGUCACCCUGCCAUAAAAACAGAUGCUCAUAAAAGUCAGACUUCCACAAUAAUUGCUGUAAGAAAUAUUUUUAUAUGGGCAACUUUUUCUUCAUGGCACCUCUGCCCUGUGAGGGUCAUCAGUCCUUCCUGUAUCUUGUUCCAUGUACUGUGCUCCAAGCUGGGUCUGUGCAAGCCUUUUUAUUUUUAAUUCCCAUCUGUGAAACCUGUUGGCACUAUUGUAGAAAUCGUUUUGUCAUCUUAUGCUCAAGGAUAGCACACACUUUUCUUGAAUUCUUCUUAUAAUCCUUUUGGGGUUACUAUUUCUUCUUUAGUGUUUCUCCAUUGAGAAGAAUAUUUGUUCUGUAGAACCGUGGCCCAAGGAGUUUUGGUCCAAGUAGAAUUGUUGCUUUCCCCCUGUGUAAGAGUUUGAUUUCUCCUUUCUUCUGUAUUUUUUCCUCCCUCUCAGGAAUUUCAUUUCUGCUUAAUCCUCGUUUAGAGCUGGAACUCUGUUGAUGUGAAUUGAUCUCUGCUGUUAAUGAUCUAAUUCAAUUAUCUUCCUAUACUAGUGGAACAGCCAGGUUUUUGGUUCUGUAUUUGGUUUUAUAUUGCAUCUAUGUAGACUUCACAACAACCAUCUUUUCUUAGAGAGGAAUUUGCUUGGAGUAUGAUGGAAUCAUAGAAGAUUUAUUUUUAGAGCAAAUAUGUUAACUAUAAUUCAUUGACACGCCUGUUUGAUCAGUUGAUAUACUGCUCUUUUUACUUGAAAGUUUUAUAAAUAAAGGCUAAUUUGUUAUAAAGUGGAAUUUUCAUUUUUCCAACUUCUGCCUCUCCCUUUAAAUUUCAAAGGAAAGCUCCUAGUGACUGUGGUUCCUUCUGCUGUUGCAAGUGCAGAGUGCUCUUCUGGUGUCCCUUUUAAUAAAUCAUUCUUCAGCCUGAUCUGAAAAGGUGGGAACACAAAGUGGAAACUGCAGUGUUGACCUAAAUCUGACUAAUAUCUCCAAAUAUGUACAUUAUUGUGGUUAUAUUUAUCUUUCAAAUGUUAUAACAAAUUGUAAGGUAUUUUAAUUUUAACCCAUCUCAUGUGUUAUAUUGUUUAAUAUAAUAAGAGAAAUGUUAUUGUUUAAUAUAAUAAAUGAAAGUUACUUUUUGGA